AUGGUGAAGGUGGAGGUUGAAGCCCGAGACAGACAGAGAGAGAAAGGUUCUGGAUACCACUUUAUAGAGAAGUUGGUUGCCAGCAUGAGGACCGAGUUUGUGAAAAGGGUGUCGAUAGAAGUCCUUACACAGCUCCUGGAGGCCCUCGUAACAGACAGUAUCUUGACUGAGCUGGAGAAAGAAUCGAUAUCUGAGAAGAACUCAGUCAGAGCAGACAGGGUACGCCACUUCAUUGACACUGUGAAGAGAAAGGGAGAGGAAGCCUGCAGGAAGUUGAUCCGACAUCUUCAGUCCAUAGAUCCUGCUCUUUCCCAUCACCUGGGUUUGCCCUCUGUUCAAACUGCUCAGAAAGAUGCUCAUGAUGAGUGUCGACGUAAACUUAAAUCUGCUCUGAAGGAGAAGUUCCAGUCUGUGUUUGAGGGGAUUGCUAAAGCUGGAAAAUCAACUAACCUGAAUGAGAUCUACACAGAGCUCUACAUCACAGAGGGAGGGACUGCAGAGGUCAAUGAUGAACAUGAGGUCAGACAGAUUGAAACAGCAUCCAGGAAACCACACAGACCAGAAACAACCAUCAGGUGUGAAGACCUCUUUAAAGCCCCACCUGGAAGACCUAAACCAAUCAGAAGACUGAUGACAAAGGGAGUGGCUGGCAUUGGAAAAACAGUUUUAACACAGAAGUUCACUCUGGACUGGGCUGAAGACAAAGCCAACCAGGACAUCCUCUUCAUAUUUCCAUUGACUUUCAGAGAGCUGAAUGUGGUGGCACCAUGGCUGUUGACCCCUCUCACCAAUCCCAGCACCGACCAAGAGAGGAUGACCUCUGUUCCUGAACUCAGGCAGUGGUGGAAAGGGCAAUCGGCCUGGUGA